AUGGAUACUCCUCCGGUCUCGGGUUCGGACUCCGAUUCUGAUGAUUCUGUUGUCACAGACAGAGAGUUGCAGGAUGCAUUCUCCCGAGGGCUUUUGAAACCAGGCCUCAAUGUUGUGCUCGAGGGGCCGAAGAAAGCAACUAACAACGUGCCUGGCCUGAAGCAGUGUUUGGCUGAAUUCAAGCGGGAUCUGGAAUGGGUUGAAAGGCUUGAUGUUACCCUCGGUCCGGUGCCGGAAGUCCGUGAAUCUCAGUCAGCUCCUCAGAACAAGGAUCAGAAAGCUGUUGACCCAGAAGAUGACUUCCAGCGGGAGAUGAGCUUCUACCGCCAGGCCCAGGCUGCAGUGCUUGCAGUGUUACCCCGCCUGCAUCAGCUCAAAGUCCCUACCAAGAGGCCCAAUGAUUAUUUUGCAGAGAUGGCCAAGUCUGAUCAGCAGAUGCAAAAGAUUCGACAGAAACUGCAGACUAAACAGGCCGCCAUGGAGAAGUCUGAAAAGGCUAAGCAACUGCGAGCACUUAGGAAGUAUGGAAAGAAGGUACAAACAGAGGUUCUUCAGAAGAGGCAGCGAGAGAAAGCACAUAUGAUGAAUGCCAUUAAGAAAUAUCAGAAAGGCUUCUCUGAUAAAUUAGAUUUCCUUGAGGGAGAUCAGAAACCUGUUGCCCGGGGCACGAAAGAAAAACCUAAAGGCCAGCAGAUGAAGAAGGGGCCCAAUGCCAAAAGACGCUAUAAAAACCAGAAGUUUGGUUUUGGUGGAAAGAAGAAAGGCUCCAAGUGGAAUACCCGUGAGAGCUAUGAUGAUGUAUCCAGCUUUCGGGCCAAGACAGCUCAUGGCAAGGGUCCCAAGAGGCCUGGAAAGAAGGGAUCAAAUAAGAGACCUGGGAAACGAACAAGAGAGAAAAUGAAGAACAGAGCACGUUAAGCAGCAUCUUUGUUUAUAAAGAACCAAGAAAAGAAGAGGUGGAGACUUGAAAUUUCACAGUACUAUCAGAUCCCUUUUGUUGGUUUCUUUUUGUAAAAAAAAUUCUUUAAAUAAACUAAAGAAAAAAAUUAUCAAAG